AUAGCAGGCUAUGCCAACCUGUGUCCUGCUAUGAUCUCCUCUCAGCCGCAGGAGUUUGAAGGGAUGCUGUCGACCGUCAAACACGAGAUCAUUCACGCUCUGGGGUUUUCAGCGGGUCUGUUUGCCUUCUACCACGACGAUGACGGCAAACCUCUGACUCCUCGCUUCGCCAGCGGCCUGCCCGCCUUCAACGAGAGUCUGGGUUUGUACCAGUGGAGCGACGCUGUGAUCAGGAGGGUCAGCAGACUGUGGGACAUCAGAGGAGGAGUGAUGGUCCGACACCACGUCCACGUUCUGGUCACACCUCGCGUCGUGGAGGAGGCGCGGAGACAUUUCAACUGUCCCAUCUUGGAGGGAAUGGAGCUGGAGAACCAGGGCGGGACGGGAACCGAGCUGAAUCACUGGGAGAAGAGACUGCUGGAGAACGAGGCGAUGACUGGCUCCCACACCCAGAACCGGGUGUUUUCCCGGCUGACGCUGGCCAUCAUGGAGGACAGCGGCUGGUACCGGGCCAACUACAGCCUGGCCCAGAGGCUGGACUGGGGCCGCGGACUCGGCUGCGACUUCGUGUUGAAGAGCUGCAAGUUCUGGAUGGACAGACAGAGGCAGAGACGACACGCUGUGACGCCGUACUGCGACACGGUGCGAGCGUCUCCUCUGCAGCUCACCUGCAGACAGGACCAGCUGGCUGUGGCCGUCUGCAACCUGCAGAAAUACCCGCAGGAGCUGCCGCUGGAGUACCAGUAUUUUGACAGGAUCCCGGAUGUGGCGGCUGACCAGCUGUCGUUCUUCGGCGGCGCCGUUGAGAUCGCCGAUUACUGUCCCUUCAGUCAGGAGUUCAGUUGGCACCUCAGUGGAGAAUAUCAGAGGAACUCGUACUGCAGAGUGUCUGAGAACCAGCCAGACUGGUGGAGGAACUACGGGGCGGAGCAGUACGGUCCGGACUCUGUGUGUCUGUACCAGAAGUCGGCGUUCGUGAUGGAGCAGUGCACCAAGAAGAUGACGUACCCCGACUGGGGCUCGGGCUGCUACAAG